CGGGCCCCGGGCGCUGAGGGGUGGCUGGUCGGGCCCCGGGGGCUGGCGGAGUCUGGCCGGGCUGGGGACUGUGUGUGGCGGGGGCAGCGGGACUCACCUGUGCCAGCGCCCAGAGCGGGGGAGCGGCCCCGAGUGUGAGCGAACGCCCCAGCCGCCGCCCGUGCAGCCGGACUGCGGGCAGCCGGGCCGGUAGGGCCCCAGCACCGCGCCGUGCGGGAGAGGCGGCCUCGGGACACUUGGACCAGGGACCCCAAUGUGCAUCAUGUGAAAAGUCCCGAGAGAUCGCUAAAGUCCACAUCGAGGGGAUCGCCCGUUAGUUACCUCGUCCUCCUGCCCAGCAGUACAGCGAGUUUAUCCCCCGUGGAAGCAGGUUAUUUCCCUCUUCCUCCAGAAUCAGCCUUCCAGUUAGAGAAUUGCCAUCUCUUCUUAGAGGUCUUUGAAAAAGCAGGAUUUGGGACCCAUUCACAACACCAUUUUUCACCAGAACUGGAGAAAGGACUGUCACAGUAGUGAUUUUCAUGGAUCUCAAUAGUGCCAGCACUGUUGUGCUGCAGGUCUUGACCCAAGCCACCAGUCAAGAUACUGCUGUGCUGAAACCCGCUGAGGAGCAGUUGAAGCAGUGGGAGAUACAGCCGGGCUUUUAUUCAGUCUUGUUGAAUAUCUUUACAAAUCAUACUCUGGAUGUAAAUGUAAGGUGGUUAGCUGUGCUGUACUUUAAAAAUGGAAUUGAUCGCUAUUGGAGGCGUGUAGCACCACAUGCUCUUUCGGAAGAGGAGAAAUCUACAUUGCGUGCUGGGCUCAUCACCAACUUCAACGAACCAGUGAAUCAGAUAGCCACUCAGAUCUCUGUGUUGAUUGCUAAAGUUGCUAGGCUGGAUUGCCCUAGACAGUGGCCAGAGCUUAUUCCUACUCUUCUGGAAUCAGUGAAAGUCCAAGAUGAUCUCCGCCAACACAGAGCAUUACUUACUUUUUAUCAUGUUACUAAGACGCUGGCAUCUAAACGACUUGCUGCAGAUAGGAAACUUUUUUAUGACUUAGCAUCUGGAAUUUAUAGUUUUGCCUGUUCCUUAUGGAAUCAUCACACAGAUACAUUCCUACAACAGAUCUUUACGGGAGAUGAAGCUGCAGCUACAAAUUCAUUAGAAAGAACUCUGUUGUCAUUGAAAGUGCUUCGUAAAUUGACAGUUCAUGGAUUUGUGGAACCUCAUCGGAAUGUAGAGGUGAUGGGAUUUCUACAUGCAGUAUUUGAGCGACUAAAACAGUUUCUGGAAUGUAGUAGAAGUAUAGGAACAGAAAAUGUAUGCAGAGACCGUCUAGAAAAGACUAUUAUUCUGUUCACUAAAGUGCUUUUGGACUUCCUGGACCAACAUCCUUUUUCAUUCACCCCUCUGAUUCAGAGAUCAUUGGAGUUUGCUGUAAGCUAUGUUUUCACAGAGGCUGGUGAAGGAGUUGCUUUUGAGCGAUUCAUUGUCCAGUGCAUGAAUUUCAUUAAGAUGAUUGUAAAAAAUUAUGCUUACAAGCCAUCAAAACGUUUCGAAGAUAGCAGUCCUGAAACUCUUGAAGCACAUAAGAUAAAGACAUCAUUCUUCACUUACCCAACAUUAAUGGAGAUAUGUAGGAGAUUAGUCUCUCACUAUUUCCUGCUAACAGAGGAAGAAUUGACAAUGUGGGAAGAGGACCCAGAAGGCUUCACUGUAGAGGAGACAGGAGGAGAUUCUUGGAAAUACAGUCUCAGGCCAUGCACAGAGGUUCUUUUUAUUGAUAUUUUCCAUGAAUAUAAUCAAACCCUUACUCCUGUGCUUUUAGAAAUGGUUCACAGUCUACAAGGACCUACGAAUGUGGAAGAUACUAAUGCUCUACUGAUUAAAGAUGCAGUCUACAAUGCAGUUGGGCUGGCAGCUUAUGAGCUAUUUGACAGUGUGGAUUUUGAUCAGUGGUUUAAAAAUCAGCUGCUAGCAGAGCUACAAGUCUCUCAUAACAGGUAUAAGCCAAUACGCCGGCGAGUAAUUUGGCUGAUCGGACAAUGGAUUUCUGUAAAAUUCAAAUCUGACAUGAGACCAAUGUUAUAUGAGGCAAUUCGUAACUUGCUUCAAGACCAAGACUUAGUGGUCCGCAUUGAGACAGCUACAACACUGAAGUUAACUGUAGAUGACUUUGAGUUUAGAACUGACCAGUUUUUACCGUAUCUGGAAUCCAUGUUCACUCUACUCUUUCAGCUACUUCAAGAAGUCACAGAAUGUGACACAAAGAUGCAUGUUCUUCAUGUUCUUUCUUGUGUGAUUGAAAGAGUCAAUAUACAGAUACGGCCAUAUGUAGGAUGCUUGGUUCAGUAUUUACCCCUGCUUUGGAAACAAAGUGAGGAGCACAAUAUGCUGAGAUGUGCCAUUCUAACCACUCUAAUUCAUCUUAUUCAGGGAUUAGGAGCAGACAGCAAGAACCUCUACCCUUUCUUACUUCCCAUUAUUCAGCUAAGUACAGAUGUUUCCCAGCCUCCUCAUGUUUAUCUUCUGGAAGAUGGCUUGGAAUUAUGGUUAGUAACAUUGGAGAAUAGCCCAUGUCUUACUCCUGAGCUGCUGCGAAUCUUUCAGAAUAUGUCGGCCCUUCUUGAGCUAAGUUCAGAAAACCUCAGAACCUGCUUUAAGAUCAUCAAUGCUUAUAUUUUUUUAUCAUCAUCUGAAUUUCUACAGGUGUAUUCAGGUGACCUAUGCCGAUCGUUUUGUGAGCUCUUAAAGGAUAUAACUACUGAAGGUCAAGUUCAAGUGCUGAAGGUUGUGGAAAAUGUCCUAAAAGUAAACCCAGCAUUGGGGCCUCAAAUGUUUCAACCCCUUUUGCCAUCUGUGUUCAGGGGGAUUAUAGAUGGGGAGAGGUAUCCAGUGGUGAUGUCUACUUACUUGGGAGUCAUAGGUAGAGUUCUACUACAAAAUGCAAGUUUUUUUUCACUGCUUCUGAGCCAGAUGGCAUGCGAGUGUGGUCAAGAGUUGGACCAGCUUCUUGGUAACGUGAUUGAAAUGUGGGUUGACCGCAUGGAUAAUAUUACCCAACCAGAAAGAAGAAAGCUUUCAGCUUUGGCAUUACUUUCACUUCUGCCAUCAGACAAUAGUGUUAUCCAAGAUCAAUUCUGUGGCAUCAUUAACAUUUCUGUGGAAGGGCUGCAUGAUGUUAUGACUGAAGAUCCUGAAACAAGAACAUACAAAGACUGCAUGUUGAUGUCUCAUUUUGAGGAGCCCAAAGUGACAGAAGAUGAGGAACCUCCUACAGAACAGGACAAAAGGAAGAAGAUGCUUGCACUGAAGGACCCUGUACACACUGUGUCGCUGCAGCAAUUUGUCUAUGAGAAGCUAAAGGCACAGCAAGAAUUACUGGGAGAACAAGCCUUUCAGGCACUUAUGGAAACAGUGGAUACAGAAAUAGUCACACAGCUACAAGAAUUCUUGCAAGGCUUCUAAAGAGUCAGAAACAAGAUUUUCUAUGUCUGACUCUCCAUUUCAAAAAUAUGAAAAAACACCUAGCCUUCCAUCUUAUAUGCAAAAACCUGCUUAAAAGCUAAAAGUAACUUGUGUAAAAAAUAAAGAAGCAGAGACCGUGAAACUGAUUUUUUUUUUCUUUCUGUAGGAUUGACAGAAUAAAUGUAAAUUGGUUCCUAACUAGAGUUUACAAACCUGUUUCACAAGAGAGUAUAAUUUUAUAUAUAUGAGGAAUGGGGGACUGCAUGAGGUAACGUGUACAGUGGAAACAACUGCUUAAUUUACUGUUAAUAGAAAAAGAAAUGUUUUGAUUAUCUUAUAAUCAUGUGUGUUUAACACUUUGAGGAAAAGUGAGGGCUAAUGUGGAAGAUAUUUUUUGUGUAACAAUAAUAGCUCAAUUUGGCUGCCUUACAUUUUUAAUUGUUUAUGACACCAUAAUAAAAAAAAAACCAAUUCUGCACAGCCAUUUAAACAAUUAUUGCAGCAGGAGACUAUAAGACAUUAAGUCUUUAAUUGGAUUUUAAUAUUAUAUAUAACAUACAUCCACAUACGUACAUAUUCCUAAGAUUUUCAUGCUUGGGCAAUAAACAGUUUGAAAAGAAAACAAAUUUACCAGUAAAAUGUUUUAUUUUCAUGAUAUUGAUCCAUGUAUGGGUAAAAUUGUUAGAAAAGGGAAAUUGUCUCAUUUUAUUUUCUGCAGACACGUUUUCUACUUAAAUAUGUAGUGUAAGAACCCCAAUACAUUGUGGUAAUGCACUUCUGUCCUGUAUCAGAGACCCGAGUUCACUUUCUGAUCCUAGUCUCUUUCUCUCAGGCUGGUGGGGGCUGAGUGUAUUGUGGAUAUAUACCACCAGCCUUGCGAGAAGUUGAGGUGGAAGGUAUGCUCUGUGUUGCUGAAUAGUGCCCUCUUCAGAAGAUUAAGGACCUGAUCCAGAGCCCUUUGACUUCAGUGAGCUUUAACCUUAGAUCAGACACUAUGAAUGGUGAUGAGAAUGGUAAAGUAAGAAAGAUGGAGGAAGGAAUGUUCGGGGCUCUGUCAGUGACAUACAGGAAAGGUUCUGUCCAGCCCUCUUCCCCAGGAGAGAAAAAAAAGUGUCUUUUGUUUUGUUUUUGGGUUGUUUGUUUUUUUGAGGGUUCAGGGGGUGCUUUACUUUUCCUAUCUGCCCUCUAUUGCCAAAACCCUUUUUAGUUGUGGAUUAUUCUAGUUUUGUUUUGUUUUAAAGGAAACUGUUGAAAACAUGGUAGCAAAAUGUACAGUAUGAAUUUUCUAUAGAAACCUGGGUACAGUAUGUAACUGGAGAUCCUACUGCCCCUUUGUAAUCUUAUAGAACCGAAAAUGUGUUAGAAAUGUUGAUGCUUCCAAAAAUAAAACAGUAAAGUUUCAAUUAAACUUUCCAAAGAUACCUCA